AUAUCAUUAACGGGUUUAACGACUUUCCAUAUUCUUCAUUGUUAAAAAAGUAAAGAUGGUUCAACAAUUAUAUGGGGGUGCUAUUACUACCACCAUUCCUGUUGGAUUGGUAGAUGUUUCGAAAUUCCGUGAAAUUCCUGACACUCAAGAAGUUUUCAUAUCUGAAACUCAAGAUGAUGCUAGGUUAGAUCAAUCAAUCAUUUUUGAUCUUCUUGAAGAAGUUAUUGCUCCAACUAAUGAAGAGGCACUUUCAAUUCAUUUGUCAGAAAUAAGUGAAAUUUCUAAACCAGAAACUACCAAAAUAUCAACAGUUCAUAAUCCUCAUCUUAAUAUUGAUGCUCAUUUAACUGCAUUCAUACAAGCUCCUCCUACAAAGGAUAAAUAUUCAACAGUUACAAUGGUAGCUUUGAUUAAAUUGGAUCGUGCUAGCACCGAUGUAGUUAUUACUGUAAAUGUACCAUUUCAAGGUGAACUCGCUAUCCUGCAGGUAGAGGCUGCACUUUUAAAUACUACUGAAAUCCCAUCAAUAACAAGUGGUUACAAGAUGUUAACUACAGCUACUGAGUCUUACAAUAUCAAGGAUUGGAGUUUAUUUGGUUAAAAAGACAAUUAGAGAAACGAACAAUAGUAAUAGUAAAAAAAUGAUAAAUAAAAAAAAAAAAAGAAUGAAAAAACAGAGUGAGUACAAAUCGUCCAGCUUUCUCCCGAAACUUCCGUACGGUGUAUACACCAACGAUUAUAUCAUAGAUAAAUAUUGU